AUGGCCAAGAUCCUAGAGAGGAAGACGAGGGAUAUUGGCCAAGUCAAUUGCAUCAAGGAUGGAGCAGGCCAACUCUUGGUGAAGGACGAGGAGAUUAAGCAUAGAUGGCGGGAGUACUUCGACAAGCUGUUCAAUGGGGAGAAUGAGAGUUCUACCAUUGAACUGGAUGACUCCUUUGAUGAGACCAGCAUGCGUUUUGUGCGGCGAAUCCAGGAGUCUGAGGUGAAGGAGGCUUUAAAAAGGAUGAAAAGAGGCAAGGCGAUGGGCCCUGAUUGUAUCCCCAUUGAGGUGUGGAAAGGUCUCGGGGACAUAGCGAUAGCCUAUGAUAAGAUACCGCGGAAUGUCAUGUGGUCGGCCUUGGAGAAACACAAAGUCCCAGCAAAGUACAUUACCCUCAUCAAGUACAUGUACGAUAAUGUUGUGACAAGUGUUCGAACAAGUAAUGUCGACACCGAUGACUUCCCGAUUAAGAUAGGACUGCAUCAGGGUACUACUAGGUGUGAGGAGGAGGAGGUUAGCCUUGAUGGCCAGGUGGUACCUCGGAAGGACACCUUUCGGUAUUUGGGGUCAAUGUUGCAGGAGGAUGGGGGUAUUGAUGAAGAUGUGAACCAUCGAAUCAAAGCCGGAUGGAUGAAGUGGCGCCAAGCUUCUGGCAUUCUCUGUGACAAGAGAGUGCCAGAAAAGCUAAAAGAACACAAAAGUUGUUUCAGGUCUAUUUGGGAGUUCAACGACAAUGAUUGCGGCUUCAGGGCGCUGGUCCUUAGGGGUACGUGCAUGAAGACUUUCUGGCUGUCAUCGACAAGGUCAUGUGGUAAAGUCAGAUGUUCUACAAACCUUGCUGGUUCUACCAAAUGCGAGCAAAACUUGCAUGGGAAGGUUAAACCCUUGCUGUUGUCAGCAAGUGGAAAAGCAAGGGGAACCUCUGGUUUGGUUCACAGAAGUGCAGUACUUAAACAUCAGCACCAUCUUUCUGUGAGAUCCACCUCUACCGAUGUAUGUACUACUUUUGAUGAAGAUGUCAAAGGUGUAUCUUCACAUGCUGUUGAGGAAAAGAUUGGAGUGCUGUUACUAAAUCUUGGUGGUCCAGAGACCCUCAAUGAUGUUCAACCAUUUUUGUUCAACCUCUUUGCUGAUCCAGAUAUCAUCCGACUCCCUAGGCUGUUCAGGUUUCUUCAAAGACCACUGGCCAAACUUAUUUCUACUUUUAGAGCUCCUAAGAGUAAAGAGGGGUAUGCCUCAAUUGGUGGUGGAUCACCUCUGCGGAAAAUUACCGACGAGCAGGCAAAUGCUUUGAAGGUUGCACUAAAAAGUAAGAACUUGGAAGCAGAUAUAUAUGUUGGAAUGCGUUAUUGGUACCCAUUCACCGAAGAAGCCAUCGAUCAGAUUAAGAAGGAUAAAAUUACGAAGCUUGUGGUUCUUCCACUAUACCCUCAAUACUCCAUAUCAACAAGCGGGUCUAGUAUCCGCGUUCUCCAAAACAUUGUCAAGGAAGAUCAAUACUUUGCUGGCUUGCCAAUUUCCAUUAUUGAAUCUUGGUACCAGCGCGAGGGCUAUGUGAAAUCAAUGGCUGACUUAAUUGAGAAGGAACUAUCAGUUUUUACGAAUCCUGAAGAGAAAUUUCCUUGGGCCUGUGCUUUAGAAUUUUUACAGGCCCCUGCCUCUGGAGUCUGGACAGUUAUGAUAUUCUUCAGUGCACAUGGAGUACCACUUACCUAUGUUAAGGAUGCUGGAGAUCCAUACAGAGAUCAGAUGGAAGACUGCAUUGCUUUGAUCAUGGAGGAGUUGAAAUCCAGAGGAACCUUGAAUGACCAUACUCUGGCUUACCAGAGUCGCGUGGGACCAGUUCAAUGGCUUAAGCCAUAUACUGAUGAAGUUUUAGUUGAACUUGGUCAAAAGGGUGUAAAGAGUCUCCUGGCUGUCCCAGUAAGCUUCGUUAGCGAGCAUAUUGAGACACUGGAGGAAAUCGACAUGGAGUACAGGGAGUUGGCUCUAGAGUCGGGCAUUGAGAACUGGGGCAGGGUUCCAGCUCUUGGAUGCACUUCAUCCUUCAUCUCGGAUCUUGCUGAUGCUGUCGUCGAAGCCCUUCCAUCUGCCUCUGCGAUGACGACCAGAAAGGUCAAGGAUACUGACUCUGACAUGGAUAUGAUGCAUUACCUGACCAAGAUGUUCUUCGGCUCGGUCCUGGCCUUCUUCCUGCUGUUAUCACCGAGGCUAGUUUCCGCUUUCCGGAAUACUCUUCAUUGA